AAAUAUCUUCAGUAACACUUAGCAAAUUCAACUGGAAUAAAAAUCAAUAUGGAUUUUUUUUCAUUAGCUUUGAUGCCAAAUAACGAGAAUGCGUGCAUGCAAUUGUAUCACCAUGAAGAUGUUUUAUGUUCCAAAUGUGGUUUCAAAAUAACUUUAUUUGUGAAAAAGACUUUACGCCUUACCAUGGCUGUUCUAGAUAUUGAUUAUGGAGCAUUUAUUAGACGACCAAUGGACUGGGGAUCUGAACGUGAGACACCUCCAAUUGUGUUAAACAACAGAUAUAAAUUUACUUUAAAAAUGAAUAUAAUAAAAUUACCUACAGAAAAACAAGAGGUAUCAUCUACAGAAAAACAAGAGGUAUCAUCUACAGAAAAACAAAAGGUAUCACUUACAGAAAAACAAAAGGUAUCACCUACAGAAAAACAAGAGGUAUCAUGUACAGAAAAACAAGAGGUAAUAAUAUGUCAUUUAUAUGAAGGUAAUAAAUACCAAAAAAAUAUAGAUGUGCAAUUAGAUUCUGGAUUAACUGUUGAGUUUUCUUGUCAACAAACAUGUAGCAUACAUCUUAUUGGCUAUUACUUGAAUUGAAAAUCAUGUUGUAUAAAUUGUUUAAUUAUUAUAUUAUUAAUAAUAUACAGCAAU